GUUGAGCGUGAGCGCGCGCUUUUCUGUAAUAGUGGCCUAUCUUCUCCUCUUCUCCUCGUCCCCUUUCCCUCCACGUUUAUUUUGCUGUUUGACGCCAAAUCUUUCUUUACUCAUAUCGUCGCUUUCCUAAAUAUUUCAUCUUCUCAUUCAAACCCUUUUCUUGAAACCAUUGACUUUCCGUAUAUUCGUCUCAAUUUUCAUCUUCACAAUGGAAGAAGCCAAUGUUAAUAGUGUGUCCGCUGCUUCAGCUUGAGCAUUGUUUGGAUAGGAUUCAGGCCUUUACUUGCAAACUCCCCCUUUGGAAUUUGUAUCCAACAUUUCACCAACCGGCUAUUCGAUAGGCUGUACAGGAUAGAGAACAUAAAUUCUUAACAAUCGCAGUCCAAGAAGCACAUAAAGGGGCAGAGUGUGGGCAUGGCAGACCAUUUGGUGCAGUAGUUGUUCGCAAUGAUGAAAUUGUUAUCAGCUGUCACAACAUGGUUUUAGCACGCACUGACCCUACUGCACAUGCAGAGGUCACAGCAAUUAGAGAGGCAUGCAAAAAGCUCAACAAAAUUGAGCUCUCAGAUUGUGAAAUGUAUGCUUCUUGUGAGCCUUGCCCCAUGUGCUUUGGUGCAAUCUACCUUUCCAAAAUUAAGAGACUGGUUUAUGGUGCCAAAGCUGAAGCUGCCAUUGCCAUUGGAUAUAAUGCUUUUAUUGCCGAUGCCCUAAGAGGUACUGGUUUUUACCAAAAGGGUCAUUUGGAGAUCAAGAGAGCAGAUGGUAAUGCAUCCCAUAUUGCGGAGCAAGUCUUUGAGAAAUCAAAGGCCAAAUUUCAUAUCCACUGAGGAAAAUGUUGAAAUCUGUGAUUGCUGAUAUGGAUGCUUUGGAACGAUUCACAUUUGCUCAUAAAGUAGCUUCUAGCAUCCAUAUUGUUUCAUUGAUCUCUACAUUGUUGAACAUGUCAAUGUGAGUUGCGAUUCCCUCGUCAUUUCCUUAACAAGCAUUUAUAUUUAUAUUUGUUUCUUUCUCAAGUUUGAGAGUCCCAGUUCAAUGAUCAUAUGUUAAAUUGCGAAAGGUGGAGAUAUUUUCGAUGAAUGUCCUUCACUCCUGUGUUCAGCUGGAAAAUUUAGAUUGGUAUCCCAGAAAGAUUGGUGUGCAUGUGCUCAAUUUCCUUCAAGGAUUUCAGUUUGCAUGAUGAGAUAUGAGAUUCAGUCUUGAAGCUUCAGGAGAUGACAGUUCUGGAAAACACAUAGAAAUAUAGCAACAAUUUCCCAUUGUACCAUUGUACUUCAUCUUCUUGACUCCUCGAAGUUUACACACAAACAAGCGAAGGUAGUUUUACUCGUAGGUUGUCUUUAAAUUGUAGUAAGUGGAACGGAUGAUAAAAAAACGUUGACUGAAACAUCCAAUAGUGAUGGAAAAUUUUAUGUCAACUCGGAUCAACUACUAA